AUGGCCUUUAUGUUCCUGGCUUUUCCUGCAGCCAGCCCCGAGCCGCGACCCCGCUCCACCUGCGCGCGGACUCUCUCGGCGCCCGGGGCCGCGGCGCUGCUGCCCAGGGCGAGCUGCCUGUGCUACGGCCGCUCCCUGCAGGGCGAGUUCGUGCACGCCGACAGGGCGUGGCCGAGAACACCAGCCAGAAGUUCUGCCGGCAGCUCUGCGUCCUCAACUUCAAUUUUACAGAUAAAGGAAACUGAGGCACAGAGAGGGUCAGUGACUUGCCCAGCUGACACAACUAAGAAGCGUCAGGAUUGCCCUCACCUGGCAUCUGGCUUCUCACUGCACCCUUCACCACCACAGCAGGCUGCCUCUCUGAGGAUGGUUAACUUUGAAAUCCUGUCGGCCUCCUGGAAUAGAACAGCCAGGAGACUGGAGCACAGGGAAGUUUUGGUGGGCUUGUUGUUCCUGGUUUUCCCGUUCAUCCCAGCCAGCAACCUCUUCUUCAGGGUGGGUUUCGUGGUGGCUGAGAGAGUCCUAUACAUGCCUAGGUAGAGGCUGUGCAUCGUGACAUCCUUCUAAAGAGAACUGUACAAGGGAAAAAGAGAGUAACUCUGCGGUGGAGAAAUCUGACAAAGACUACCUCAGCCAGGUAGGCAGGUCAGCAUCGGUAUUCAGGAACCAUCUGCUGAUAGUGUGUGCUCUCUACGACACUUUACCUUUACGGUCUUCCUCCCCAAAACCCUUAA